CUGGAGAGGCCCCUUAGAGAAAAAAAAAACAGAAAACCAAAAAACAAAUCGAAAGAGGAAGGGAGAGAGAGUUUUGGGCUAGCAGCAGCAACCAUGGCUCCCUCAAGCCGACCCUCUUUCUCUUUCUCACUGCUUCUCCUCUCAGCGGCCUCCCUCCUCCUCGCCGGCGGCGCCGACGCCAAAUUCAAAGGCAUCAACAACUGGUGCAAGACCGCCGACUACAGGCAGCUGUGCACCGACAUGGUCAAAGCAGCAGAAACCCAGGACGAGGCGCUGGCGAACGCGGUGCAGUCGACAUACGACGCGACGGUGCGGGUGCUGCCGCUGGUGGACGCCCUCGGCACCGAGCUUACGAAUCUUCAGGGCGAGACCAAGACUUCGGUGAUCGACACCUGCAAGUCCAGCUUCGACGACGCGCUGGACAACCUGAAAGAGGCACUAACCUACAUGGCCGCCAAGGACAUGCACACGGCCAUCGACAGGAUUCAAACGGCGGAGGGCCACUACUACGAUUGCUCCGACGCCAUCAAGCAAAUGGGCGGCAACGCCGAGUCGCUCUCCAAGGCCAGCAAGGUCUUGUACAAGUACGGCAGUAACUGCAUGGCCGUAGCCACGCAGACUUGAUUCAUUACUGAUGUUAGGAUUAUUAUUAUUGUGGAUUCCGGACGACAAGUUAAUUUAAGCAAAGGUUGUGGUGAAGGGCGGAGGCGGAGGGGAUGGUUUAUGUGUGUGUUUUAAGCUUCGAUUGAAAGAGGAAUUAAUUAAUUAAUU